AUGAAUUCACAUUCAUCUUUAAAAGAUCAUUAUCAUGUUGGAAAAAGUAUGAAAAAUUUUCUUACCGGUUAUUUUACUGAAUAUGAAACACCAAAAUUAGUUUUAAUACAUAGUGCAAAAUAUGCUGGUUUACUUCGCAUUUUACAGAUUAUUAUUCUUAUUUAUUCUGUAAUAUAUUUACUUAUAUAUGAACAAGGUUAUCAAAAACAAAGUACAACAAUUACGUCAUCAGUAACACUCAAAGUGAAAGGUAUUGGUUAUGUUCUUACAUCAGAAAAUCAAACAAUGAUUAUUGAUGGAGCAGAUUAUAUUAUUCCACCAUCGGAAAAUAAUGCUAUAUUUAUAAAGACAAAUUUUAUUCAAACUGAUCAAACACGAUCUAAAUGCGCUGAAAAUAUAAAACUUGCAGAAGCAAUAUGUAAAAAUGAUAGUGAUUGUUUCAAUAAACCAUUUAUACCAAAUAUGAGUGGACGUUGGACAGGUCGAUGUUUAUUAUCACCAGAGAAAAAUGUUGCCAAUGAAACAACAAAUAUUACAAAAACUGAAACGGGUUUCUGUGAAUAUGCAGAUUAUAUUAUUCCACCAUCGGAAAAUAAUGCUAUAUUUAUAAUGACAAACUUUGUUCAAACUGAUCAGACACGAUCUAAAUGUGCUGAAAGUAAACAAGUUAAAAGCUCAAUAUGUACAAAUGAUAGUGACUGUUUGAAUAAACCAUUUACACCAGAUAUGAAUGGACGUUGGACAGGUCAAUGUUUAUUAUUACCAGAAAAAGAUGUUGUCAAUGAGACAACAAAUAUUACAAAAACUACAACGGGUUUUUGUGAAUAUGCAGGUUGGUGCCCACCAGAAGAUGAUCUUACAUCAACAAUGCCUGUUCAAGAAACUCUCAAUUUUACAAUAUUUAUUAAGAAUUUUAUUGAAUUUCCAGAAUUCGGUGUUAAACAUAAAAAUAUGGUUGAUAACUUACAACAAUGUACUUUUGAUCCAAAAAAUGAUACAGAUUGCCCGAUAUUUACCAUUGAUUAUAUAAUGAAAGAAGCUGAAAAAAAUAUUACUGAACUUAAUUUGAUGUUACGCUAUGGUGGUGUUGUACGUAUUAAACUUGAUUGGGAUUGUAAUUUAGAUCGAAAUAUAAAACGAUGUAAACCUGAAUAUUCAUUUGCUCGUCUUGAUGUACCUUUUCAUGAAAAACCAUUUUCACGUGGUUUUAAUUUUCGUCAUGCUUCUUAUUGGAAACGUAAUAAGAAGCAUUUUCGUACAUUAACAAAAGCUUUUGGUCUUCGUUUUAUAAUUACUAUUAGUGGUAAAGCUGGAAAAUUUGACUUUAUUACAUUAACUUUAAACAUUGGUUCAUUAGUUGGACUAUUUGGCUUAGGAACAAUUGUUUGUGAUAUUCUUCUUCUUCAUUUAUCAAAAAGAGCACGUAUUUAUCGUAAUCAUGUGUUCGAAAUUGUUCAUCUACGAACACGUGCUAGUAGUACACCUAGAGUGCCAAGAAUAUCUGUUCAACAACAUUUUGAUAAACAUUCACUUUCUCAUUUAAAUAUAUAA